CUACUCCGCCAAAGACAAUAACCAAACAACGCAAACCGUUCCGCGAGCGCGUUGUUAUUAUUUAUUUAUUUUUUUCAUGUUUCGUUAAAUUUUUUGUCGUUGUCGAUUUUCCGCGCGUUGGCUUUCCCGCGGCCUAUGGUGUCCGUCUCACCGUCCAGUUAACACGCACCAACAGCAGAACAUCCGUUUUUUUCCCCGUCGUCCGCGCGCCGUGCCUGUCGGCGUCCGAUGUUAUUCAACGUGCACCACAGCGGCGACCAGUAAAAAAACAACAACAAAUCAACACCGGCGAUGGCAUCGGACGAGGAAGUCGAGGAGUCGUACACCGAAGAUUAUGAUGAACCUUCUAGUCGUGUUGAAAACUCAUUUGACUCUGAAGAAGAUAAACGUGUAGAGGAAGAUGAUGAUGAAUACGAUCCUGAAGGUCGUAAAAAAAAGAGAGGUAAAAAGCGUAAAGCAAAGAGUGAUUCUAAAAAGGAAAAAAAGCGUAAGAAAAGGAAAAGAGGUGGUGACAGUGCAGAGGAAAGUGAUUUUGGUAAUGUAGAAGAAGAAAAUAAUACUGCUAAUGAUUCAGAUUAUUCUAGUAGAAAGUCUAAAAAGUCUAAGAACUCUUCUAAACAUCAUCAACCUACUCCGACCACUUCUCAAAAUCAAGAUAAUAAUGGCACUGGAAUGCCUUCAGUCGAAGAAGUCUGUCAAACGUUCGGUUUGCAAGAUGUAGAUAUUGAGUACUCUGAAGCAGAUUUCCAAAACUUGACCACUUACAAACUAUUUCAGCAACAUGUCAGGCCAAUUCUUGCCAAAGAAAAUCCAAGGGUCGUGAUUGCUAAAAUGAUGAUGUUAGUGGCCGCAAAGUGGCGUGAUUUUUGCCAGCAAAACCCUAACCACGAGCAAGCAGACUUUGAAGGUGCCGAAGAGCCAGAAUAUCAACCUAAAAGUUCUUCAAGGCAUAAGGCUAGAUCUGUUGAUGAAACAGCAGAUGAGGUAGAAGAAGAAGAAGAGGUUGAAGUAGAAGUAGAGGAAAAAAAAAGUAAGAAGCGUAGUAAUCGAGGCAAACGUAAUACCGGAGGUGGUGGGAACAAAAGAAAUUCUCAAGGAUCUACGUCAAAAGUACCUACCUUGAAAAUACGACUUGGCAAACGAAAACAAGCAAGUUCUGAUGAAGACGCUGAAGGUACUGGCGCAGGAGAUAAUGCUGGAGAUUCAGACGCAGAGUUUGAACAGAUGUUGCAAGAGGCCGAAGAAGGUGCUUUUGCUGAGGCUGAAGCGUCUGAUAAAAAAGAUGAUCCCGACGCGCCCAAGAAGAAAGCCAAAACUAAAAUUGGAAAUAAAUCGAAAAAGAAGAAGAAGACCAAAACAACGUCCAAGUUCCCGGACGGUGCUGGCGAUGGAGAAGAGUUUGAGCAAACUGACCAUCAAGAUUACUGUGAGGUUUGUCAACAAGGAGGUGAAAUUAUACUUUGCGAUACUUGUCCAAAAGCUUAUCAUCUUGUGUGUUUGGAUCCGGAACUGGAAGAGACUCCCGAAGGUAAAUGGUCUUGUCCACAUUGUGAAAGCGAAGGUGGUCAAGAGCAAGAAGAAGACGAACAUCAAGAAUUUUGCCGGGUUUGUAAAGAUGGUGGUGAAUUGCUGUGUUGUGACUCGUGCCCAGCAGCAUACCACACAUUCUGUUUAAACCCGCCCAUUACCGAUGUGCCUGACGGUGAUUGGAAAUGUCCUCGGUGUUCGGCUAAACCGUUGCCUGGCAAAGUGUCUAAAAUUUUAACAUGGCGGUGGAAGCCGGUGCCUGAGGAUACCAGUGUUAAGCCAGUGGACGAACAACAAGCGAGAAUAAAUAGAAGACGUAACAAGCAACAAAGACAGCGUGAAUAUUUUGUCAAAUGGCAAGAUCAAAGUUACUGGAAAUGUGAUUGGGUGUCUGAAGUGCAGAUGGAAGUUUUUCAUCCUAUAACUGUAAGAAGUUAUAUGCGUAAGUAUGACAUGGACGAACCGCCUAAAUUAGAAGAACCAUUAGAUGAAAUGGAUAACAGGUGGAAAAGACUUCGUGAGGUCGGCGGUGAUCAAAUCGCUCUGGAAGAAAGAUAUUAUAGGUAUGGCGUAAAACCAGAAUGGCUGUUGGUCCAUCGAAUAUUGAACCAUAAACAUUUGAGAGACGGGCGUAUGAUGUAUUUGGUGAAGUGGCGUGACUUGCCGUACAACAUGUCUACAUGGGAAGACGAAAAUUCUGAAUAUAUUGAUUUGAAAACAUAUAUUGACUAUUACUGGGAAUUGAGGACAUCUUGUGAUUCUUCAAAAAAAAGUAAAAAAACAAAAGGCAAAAAGAGUAAUGCCAAAAAAGAAACUGUUGAAGACGAAGACGCUCCUAAGCCUACACCGGGAAUUACUUGCCGUAAAUUUGUACCGGCACCUGAUAAACCUGUAACAGAUUUAAAGAAAAAGUAUGAAAAACAACCAGAUUAUGUAAUGGAAACUGGUAUGGAAUUGCAUCCUUACCAGUUGGAGGGUUUGAACUGGUUACGAUAUUCGUGGGGCCAAGGAAUUGAUACGAUUUUGGCCGAUGAAAUGGGUCUUGGUAAAACCAUCCAAACCAUAACAUUUUUGUAUUCGCUUUACAAAGAAGGACAUUGCAAAGGACCGUUUUUGGUGAGUGUUCCGCUAUCGACACUCAUCAACUGGGAACGAGAAUUUGAAACGUGGGCUCCAGAUUUCUACGUUGUAUCAUAUGUCGGGGACAAAGAUUCGAGAGUGACAAUUAGAGAACAUGAAUUUUCCUUUGACGAUAACCGAUCCGGAGUGCGUUGCACGAAAAUCAAAGGAACUGUCAAAUUCCACGUCUUGCUCACGAGUUACGAAUUAAUAUCUAUUGAUGCUCCGUUGUUAGGAUCUAUCGAAUGGGCCGUACUAGUUGUGGAUGAAGCUCACAGGCUCAAAAGCAACCAGUCUAAGUUUUUCAGAUUGUUAGCCGGUUACAAUAUACGUAAUAAACUUCUUUUGACUGGUACACCACUGCAAAAUAACCUGGAAGAGUUAUUCCAUUUGUUGAACUUUUUGACGCCCGAUAAGUUUAAUGACCUUACAGUUUUUCAAAAUGAAUUCGCCGACAUUUCAAAAGAAGAACAAGUGAAGCGUCUUCAUGAAAUGUUAGGACCUCACAUGCUCAGGAGAUUAAAGGCAGACGUAUUAAAGAACAUGCCUUCCAAAUCCGAGUUUAUUGUGAGAGUUGAAUUGUCACCAAUGCAAAAGAAAUAUUACAAAUAUAUAUUGACUAGAAAUUUUGAAGCGUUAAACCCACGCGGUGGUGGACAACAAGUUUCGUUGUUGAACAUAAUGAUGGACUUGAAAAAGUGUUGUAAUCAUCCUUACUUGUUCCCGGCUGCUGCACAAGAAGCUCCGACGGCAAAUAACGGAAGUUACGAAAUCGGUGCUCUUACUCGAUCGUCAGGAAAAUUAGUUUUAUUGUCUAAAAUGCUGAGAAAACUACAAGAAACUAAUCAUAGAGUGUUGAUAUUUUCUCAAAUGACAAAAAUGUUGGAUAUACUUGAAGAUUACUUGGAGGGAGAAGGUUACAAGUACGAGAGAAUUGAUGGUUCCAUCACUGGAAAUCAAAGACAAGAAGCAAUCGAUAGGUUCAACGCUCCUGGUGCUCAGCAAUUUGUAUUUUUACUAUCUACGAGGGCUGGUGGUUUAGGUAUUAAUUUAGCCACUGCCGAUACUGUAAUUAUCUACGAUUCUGAUUGGAAUCCUCAUAACGACAUACAGGCGUUUUCAAGAGCCCAUCGUAUUGGUCAAGCCAAUAAAGUUAUGAUAUAUCGGUUUGUGACGAGAAAUUCUGUUGAAGAACGAGUCACGCAAGUUGCUAAAAGAAAAAUGAUGUUGACUCAUUUAGUUGUGCGUCCCGGAAUGGGUGGCAAACAAACAAAUUUCACUAAACAAGAAUUGGAUGAUAUUUUACGAUUCGGUACUGAAGAGUUGUUUAAAGAAGAAGAGGGAAAAGAAGAAGAAGCCAUUCAUUAUGACGACAAGGCCGUUGAGGAACUGUUGGAUCGUUCCAAAAUCGGUAUUGAACAAAAAGAAAACUGGUCUAAUGAAUAUUUGUCAUCAUUCAAAGUGGCCAGUUACGUCACUAAAGAAGAGGACGAAGAAGAAGAAGUUAACACUGAAGUCAUAAAACAAGAAGCUGAAAAUACUGACCCAGCGUAUUGGGUGAAAUUACUUCGUCAUCAUUAUGAACAGCACCAGGAAGACGUGUCUAGAACGUUGGGUAAAGGAAAACGAGUCAGGAAACAGGUUAAUUACAAUGACGGAGGAGGUGUAGUUGACUCUACUCGCGAAGACACUACUUGGCAGGAAAAUUUAUCAGAUUACAACUCGGACUUCUCUGCUCCAUCAGAUGAUGACUUCAACGAGAAUGAUGGAGAGCCUGGUAAAAAACUCAAGCGGAAACCAGAACGAAAAGAAGAAAGAGAUCGACCUUUGCCACCUUUGUUGGCUAGAGUGGGUGGUAAUAUUGAAGUACUUGGAUUUAAUGCUAGGCAAAGGAAGGCUUUCCUAAAUGCAAUUAUGAGAUAUGGAAUGCCGCCUCAAGAUGCAUUUAAUUCCCAAUGGCUCGUGAGAGAUUUAAGAGGAAAGUCUGAAAAGAAUUUCAAAGCUUAUGUGUCGUUGUUUAUGCGCCAUCUUUGUGAACCGGGCGCAGAUAAUUCUGAGAACUUUGCAGACGGUGUACCCCGUGAAGGUUUGAGUCGCCAACACGUACUUACAAGAAUUGGUGUGAUGUCUCUCAUUCGUAAAAAAGUGCAAGAAUUUGAAGAAAUAAACGGAUUCUAUAGUAUGCCCGAGCUUAUUCGUAAACCUAUUCAAACUGUUAAAGCUGACGUAUCAACUAGUUCGACGCCAGUUCCGCGCUCCGAAGCUUCAACCCCGACGACUACUGUAUCUGAAAAAACUGAAGUGGAAACUGAAACCAAAUCGUCAGUAAUUGAUGUUGAUAAGUUAAAAGAAACUGGAAAUAGCACAGAGAUUGAUGUGGAAAAACAAACUGAUCAAAAAUCAGAAGAAAACAAAGACGAGGAUGUUGCAGUUAAAACGGAAAACGAAGAAUCUGCCAAAGCUGAACCAAAAGAAGUAGCUACUAAAGAAAAGAUAACAAAUGAGGAAACUCCUAUAAAUAAUGAAGUAAAUGACGUUAAAAAAGAAAAUUCUCAAGAAGAAGCGUUAACUGAUAAAGAGAAAGAAAAUACUGAAGACGCUGAUAUGGUAGUUGUUAAAACUGAACAAACCGAGUCCGAUUCAACCGAUAAAAAAGAAUCCAAUCCAGUAGAUAAACUAGAAGGAGAAAAUGAAGAAGUAAAAGAUAAAGAAACUGAACCACAAUCUACAUUGGAUAAAAAAGAAGAUGAUAAGAAAACGGCCGAAGCAUCAUUAAAGGCACAACAAUUAGAUGACGAAGCUAAACGUAAAUUAAUGGAAGAAGCUGAAAAGGCAAAAGUAGCUGCGGGUAUUGGAUCUGAGAACGACAAAGAAGAUAAAAUAACCAGGAAAUUUAUGUUCAAUAUCGCCGAUGGCGGUUUUACUGAACUCCAUACUCUGUGGGUUAACGAAGAAAAAGCGGCUGUUCCCGGACGCGAAUACGAAAUCUGGCACAGAAGACAUGAUUAUUGGCUAUUAGCCGGAAUUGUUACACACGGAUACGGUCGUUGGCAAGAUAUUCAAAACGAUAUACGUUUUGCUAUCAUAAACGAGCCGUUUAAAAUGGACGUCGGUAAAGGAAACUUCUUGGAAAUAAAAAAUAAAUUUUUAGCCAGAAGAUUCAAGUUGCUCGAACAAGCGUUAGUGAUCGAGGAGCAACUUAGACGUGCUGCUUACUUAAAUCUCACUCAAGAUCCUAAUCAUCCGGCCAUGUCCUUAAAUGCUCGUUUCGCCGAGGUCGAGUGUUUGGCCGAAUCUCAUCAACACCUAUCUAAGGAGAGUUUGGCGGGCAACAAGCCUGCCAACGCUGUUCUUCACAAGGUGUUGAAUCAGCUAGAAGAACUUUUAUCGGACAUGAAGUCCGAUGUCAGCCGACUUCCUGCGACACUGGCUCGCAUACCGCCGGUAGCUCAGCGACUUCAGAUGUCCGAAAGGUCCAUUUUAUCCCGUUUAGCAGCCACUACGUCUUCUGCUACUUCUAGUUCUCAAUCGCAGCCUGGUGUCGGAGCUAUAAGCAGUCAGUAUCCCAAUGGCUUCCAAAAUGGUCAGUUAAAUGGUGCAUUUGGAAACACAAACUUCACCAACUUCAGACCUCAGUAUUCCGUGCCUGGACAACAGACCUCUUCAUCUGGCACUGCUUAAAUGACAAUUUUGUAUUUUAAUAUUAUUUUGUAUUACCUUUUUUUCUUUGUCUCUAGAUCUCUCCAUCUAAAAAAAAAAAAAAAACUCGUAUGUCCGUGGCGAUCAUAAUAUUCUUUUGGUUAUAAUGUUUCAUUAUCUGAUCUGUUCGAUCGUUUUCAUAAUUUAUACUAUAAAAGCUUGAGUUUUAUAUUGAAUACCACUGUAUAAAAUUCAUGAUAUUACAUGUAUUUUUUUAACAAUAACUAGUGACCAAUAUUCAUUUAUUUGCUGCCUUCGCAGUGUCCAUAUGACUCACAACUUGUACAUAUUUUUACUAUCAAAUAAAGUGGACACCUACAUUAA